AGACGGCGCUGGUCCGACCGGACCGACGCCAUCUUCUCGUCGAGGGACGAGUGCGGCUACCAGCACCGGAUCGCGGCCGAGGACUUCGAGCGCGACGUCGACUUCCAGGACUGCGAGGCCAUCACCUUCAUCAAGGGGAACCCGACGGGCCGCGAGACGGACGUGCUGCUGAUGGCACAGGGCAGCGGCUACAUGGCGCUGCCGCCGGGCGUGCAAGUCGUGGUCAACGGGGGCUGCGUCAAGUGCACCACG